AUGGCUACCUCCGCCACUCACGAUGAUAGCGCCGGAGGGCUGAAGUCGGCUUUCGCGUCCAUUCACGCCCUCCCUACUGAGCUAUUAAGUCAAGUCUUCGAGUACGCACAAGAGUGCACAAGAGACGACCAUACCACUGCAACCCCCAGACCAGCCCAUGUGUGGCUCACCGCCCGCCUAGUCUGUAAGACCUGGCGGCAGGCCAUGGAUAACCACCAUCGCCUCUGGGCAACAAUCGACGUCUACGGCUCGAGGCAUUCGUUGGACUGGGUGAGACUCUGUCUUGCUAACUCCGGCUCGGUGGACCUGGAUGUGCGCUUCCACGCUCCCGAGCGCAUGCCUCCGGCGUGUGGCGCGCUGUUCCUGCAUACAGGACGCAUCCGGUCGAUCGCGGUAUACCAGGAAGACACUGUCGCUGCACUGGGUGACCUGCAGGGACUGUUUGACCGCACCCUACCGAAGCUGACACAGUUGAUUCUCAUCAGCGAAUGGCACAGUGAUGCAUAUCCGCGCUUUGUACUCACCGAACUCCUCGACAUCCGCCCCGACCGCGUCCCCGCCCUCCGCGCCCUCCACAUGAACGGCGUAUUCCUCCCGUGGACCUCCGCCCUCCUGCCGAACCUGCGGGUCCUGACCUGUCACGGCUGGUCGCUGGAUCACAACACAAUGGACGACGCCCUCGACGUCGCCCUCCCCCGCUUCCUCGCCAUCCUCUCCGCCUGCCAGUCGCUCGAGCACCUCUCCAUCAACGUCAACUCCGCCAAGCCGCACAUCCUCAACGCGAACGAUUCCCGGCUGGAUGGCCCGAUCCCGACGGCCGCGCUCCCGAACCUCCGCACCUUCGACCUCACAUGUUGUGUGGACGACGCGGACAUCCUCUUCGACGUCCUCUCGCACGUCCGCUUCUCCGAGCGCUGCGCGAUCGCCCUCCGCUGCGGCACGCACUGUCGCGAGGCGGGCCGCGUCGGCGAAAUGUUCCCCAACGACCCGGACAACUACCCCAUCUUGCGCACCGCGGUGGACGCGACCUGGCACGGCCCCGCGGGCUUCAGCUGCAAGGCCCCCGGCACCGGGGGCGGGUCCGGCGGCGAGCUCGUCGUCGACGUCGACUGUGAUACCUGCUGGGCGCGGAGGCACCGCGCCGACCCCUACCCGGUGCUCGCCGAGUUUUGCGCGUACCUUGAGCGUGCCCCGCUGACGACGUUGGCCAUCGAGUGGCCGGUCAAGCAAGGAGCAUACGCGGACGUCUUCCGGACGUUCCCCGCCCUCGAGCACCUGACGGUCGACUUCGGGCGGGAUUCGGCCCUGAAGAAGAUCCGCAAACUCCUGCGCGCCCUGAAGGAGGGCGCGACCUCGUCCUCCUCCGAGGGCGUGGUGCUUCCGGACUUGCGCACCUUGCGGCUUGACAAAGUCGGCCCUCUCGAGGAGGUCCCUCAGGCUCCCCAGGACUUGCAUGGCUCGCAGGCUCCUCAGGUCGGUCGUUGCGAGAAGAUCCAACAUAUCCUUUCAGAGUGCUUGCUCGCCCGCAUGGAGCGCGGUGCGAGAGGGCUUGCUUCCGAACGGUGUUGGAGACAGGGGCUAAAGCUGGACACGGUGAACGGCCACUUCGGGAUCGUCGUCAGCGGCUAUCGCUAUCGGCCGGUUAGAGCAACAACCCGCGCCCAGGUGGACGCCCUUCUUUCUGCACAUCACGAGGGCGCGCCGGGUGACGGGAUCGAUGUCUGA